AUUUAAGUAUUUUUCCUGAAAUUCGAAAAAAAUAAUGGUUUACGAGGAAAGUCUCUCGUUUUUCGGUACUUACACGCAAAGGAGGUAUAUCCUUGCCUACAUGUGCCAUCUUGGUUGUGCCAUAAUGUACAUCGUCAGGACAAAUCUUUCUGUGGCAAUUGUUCCCAUGUCCAGAGAGUUUGAUUGGGAUUCAACGAAGCAAGGAAUUGUUUUGAGCUCAUUUUUCUACGGUUACAUCGCAACACAACUGCUAGGAGGCGCUUUGUCAAAACGUUUUCCCGCGCAUUCUGUUUUCGGUGGCGCCAUUGGAUUAUCUGCAGUAUUGAGCUUGAUUACUCCUCUUGCAAAGGGAAAUUUAACAGCAAUUAUUUGUAUUCGCACAUUAGAAGGCCUCUUAUUGGGAGUGACUUUUCCUGCGAUGAUGGCUACUAUUGCGGUCUGGGCUCCACCACUUGAACGAAGCACAAUUAACAUGAUCAGUAUCGCAGGCAUGCAUGUUGGAACAGUGGCCGCAUUGGUUGGCAGUGGAUAUUUGAACGAUUCCCUUGGAUACGAAAGUAUUUUCUAUGUUUUUGGAACGAUCGGAGUUAUGUGGUAUAUUUCAUGGCUUUUCAUAAUACGAGAAUCGCCACAAAAAGAUCCAUGGAUUAGUGACAGAGAAAAACUUUACAUCUUAGAGACUACAGGAUCAGGUGUUUCGGAACAAUCAAAGAACCUUUCGGAUGUUCCAUGGCUCAGAAUGUUCACAUCAAUUCCGGUUUUGGCAAUAGUUUUCGCUCAUUUCGGGUAUACGUGGGGGGCUUAUACUCUCAUUACGCAAAUGCCUACUUUCUUAUCGGAUACUAUUGGACUCGAGCUGGGAUCAACGGGGUUAUUGGCAUGUCUCCCUUACAUUACGACAGGCGUGUUGUCAGUUCCGGCAGGAGCUCUUACUGAUUUUCUGAUAAGGAGGAAAAUUUUAACUGUCGUGACAACAAGAAAACUUUUCACUUCCGGAGGUUAUUUGGUUCAAACGGUUUUCAUGUUGUGUGCUGCUUAUUUUUUGACUCCCGUUGGAUCAGUUUUGUGCUUGACAAUUGCCGUGGGAUUUCAAACAGUUAGUCAAUGUGGAUAUGGCAUCAAUUAUUUUGAUUUGGCGCCACAAUAUGCUGGAGUGAUAUUUGGAUUUACAAAUACUUUUGGAACACUUUCGGGUAUCAUAAGUCCCCAUUUGACAGGUCUAAUUGUGCAAAAUCAGAGUGCCGAUGAAUGGAAAAUUGUGUUUUACAUCGCAGCUGCCAUUUAUUUGUUUACAGCUUUGAUUUAUGUGAUCUUUGCUUCUGCAACUGUACAGGAUUGGGCAAAAGUUAAAAAGUCGACCGAUAAUGAGCAAAAUGAAGAAAAAUCAUAG